CCAUCCUCUCUCUCUCUCUCUCUCUCUCUUCACUUUCUCUCUCUCCAGAAGCACAAACCGAAAAAACGAACACAACUUGGUUCAAAUAACCCCUGAUUCAACCCCAGCUGCCCAAGCUCAGGGAAAAACUUCAAUUUACAUCCAACUCUCUCUCUCUCUCUCUCGGAUCAAAUAACCCCUGAUUCAACCCCAGCUGCCCAAGCUCAGGGAAAAACUUCAAUUUACAUCCAACUCUCUCUCUCUCUCUCUCUCUCUCUCUCUCUCUCUCUCUCCAGAAGCACAAACCGAAAAAACGAUCACAACUUCGUUCAAAUAACCCCUGAUUCAACCCCAGUUGCCCAAGCUCAGGGAAAAACUUCAAAUUACAUCGACUACCACAGAACAGAUUUUCCCUUUUCUUCUCUCUUGUUUAUCUUGUUCCCUCUUCGGCAACCGAACAAACUUUUUCAUUUCCUUAAUUGUACAGUAGUUGACUAGUUGGAACUUGGAUAUGAAUGGCGCGAAGACCAAAAGUCCGGUUAGUUCGUUGCCCUAACUGCGAAUAUCGCGCAGUUAUCGAAUCUCAAAGCGAAGAAGGAGAAGUGUUAGACUGAUGGAUUGGUAGAGAUAUCGGAAGGCCUGUACACUGUAUAAAUCAUCCAUCAUUCGUGAACACUUAUUGUCAAAAUUCUAGUACAGAAGCCAUGAAUUCAAGGGGUAAUCUGUGUAAAGAAGGAGAAGUUGGAUAUUACAAUGAUAGGAAUACCCUAUUAGUAAACCAUCCACACUUGAUCAGUAACUGGGUUCAAAGAAAUAACCAUGAGCAGUCUUGGAACAGGAAAAGGUCUGAAUUUGGCGGUUCACGCAUGGGGAUUGAAGUCGUGGAUUUCGAAAUGCCAAUGGGAGAUUUCAACGGUUCCUUAAAACCAAGGUCAAUGUUGGACCAGUGGGAUAGAGAGACAGAUGAGCCAGUGGCAUUCCGACGGAAAAGUUUUCCAAUUCCUUACGCAGAUGAGGGACCUUCCCAUCAUCAACGUGGUUUUUUGCAUAGAUAUGCUGAGCAGAAAAGGAUUCACCAUGAUUAUGGUGGGCCUAGUAGAGUUGAUAUUUUGGAGAAUGAGCGAGUUGAGCUCAUAAGGAAGCUGGAUGAAUUGAAGGACCAAAUUAUCAGAUGUGGUGAUUUGAGUCAUUUUACAGAGAAACCAAGGGAAAGGCUUUCCCCUCCACCUCCGGUCCUUCGCAAUAAUUACUUCGGAGAUGAUGCUUAUGCGCAAGUAUCUCCAACCAGGUUCAACAUUGUUAGUAUUCAACCUUUUGCACCAGAUAAGUACGUUCCGGAACCCCUUUACUUCAGCCCUAAUAAUCAACCUGUUCGUCGCACCAAUAGAAGCAGUUUGGAUGAGCAGGACUUCUCUUCUCGUCUAAUGGAAAUCUCAAAUGAAAUUGUGGUAUAUGAUAGUUCAAAUCUUCCACAAAGGCCAAGGAAACCUCCACAUCAACCCUCACCUGAGUACUUGAGGCAGCCUUAUCAUGACCAUUUUUCUGGACAACAUAUGGCUUGUAAUCGAAGUACCAUUGCAUCACGACAACAUGAAACCUUUUCACCCCAGAAUGCUUGCUCUUGUCUGCAGUGCUAUGACAUGAAUAGGAAAUUCCCUCCACAAGUCCCUCCAAAGUUGUAUAAUUCUAGAGACUCCAAUUGGUCCCUUGAAAGUUCUGUAAUUCGGAACCCCAAGACAAGAAGUUCAAUUGAGAUUGAUUUAGGGAUGGGUGGUGUUGCUCACCGGAAUCCAACAAGGGUAGUGGCUGCUCAUGGAAGUGAAAGGGUUUGCCAUCCUGUACUAGGUGGUGCCCCAUUUUUAACAUGCUGCAGUUGCUUUGGGUUGCUGAAACUGCCAAGAAAACUUGUGCUGAAAGAGAAGAAUCAACAGAAAGUCCAAUGUGGGGCCUGUUCUGGUACACUCUUGGUUGACUUUGAGAAAAAGAGGGUUAUUGUUACAGUUUCCAAAUUACCGGAGCAAGUUUCUGCCGAGGGUGAUGAUGGCUCUGGUGAGAAGUUGAGUGAAAAUCUUCAAAGCUCCCAAAAUCAUUCCAAUGCUGGUGCGAUGGACUCAUGGUCUGAUGAGUUUGAUAAUUCUGGUUAUAAGUUUCCACUGACAGAUACUGAAGUAACAGAAGCCAAUGUCUCAUCAAGUGACCAAAGGCAAAAUUUUGUUGAAUCCAUUGAGAGGAAGGAGCCCCUUUCUUCAACUUCCAGAUUUUCAGAGGAUGAGCAUAGCCCAGAAACUAUGAUUUUUCCGAGGAACAUUUCUUUCUCCUCUGAUGUUCCCACGAAAGAUGAUGAGCCUUCACUAUUAUCAGAUUCUCUGGAUCAGAAUGAACCCCAUAAUGAUUCUUCUAGUGAUGCAGUAAGCAGAUAUGAAGAUCAACAAAAGGUGGUCCUUAACAGAAGUACCCUGCAACAGAAUUCUGUUGAAGAUGUUUCAGUGGCAACUGAGAUUGAAGUUCCCUCUCAGGAACUUCUAGAUGGCAGCAUGUCUCAAGACUCUGCAGUGGUGAGGAAAGAAGAAGACCGCCCUAGGAUCAACAAGUUGGUGAGCAAUGCGAGUACUGUUUACUUUUCAUUCUCUAGCCGAAGUGUGGAGAUAGAAAGUCCAGAUGACACCGAUAAUUCUGAUUAUGAAUCUCAGCUGACAGAUUCUAAAGUAACUGAAGCCAAUGUCUUGUCAAGUGAUCAAAGCCAAAAUUUUGCUGAAUCCAUUGAGAGGAAGGAGCCCCUUUCUUCAACUUCCAGCUUUUCAAAGGAUGAGCAUAGCCCAGAUAAUGUGAUUUUUCAGUGGGACAUUUCUUUCUCCUCACUUGUAACCCAGAAAGAUGAUGGGCCUUUACCAUUAUCAGAUUCCCUGGAUCACAAUGAACCCAAUAAUUACUUUUCUAGUAAUGUGGUAAGCAGAUACGAAGAUCAACAAAAGGGAAUCCUUAACAGAAGUACCCCGCAACAGAAUUCUGUUGAAGAUGUUUUAGUGGAAACUGAGAUUGGAGUUCCCUCUCAAAAACUUCUAGAUAGCAGUGUGCCUCAAGACUCUGCAGCGGUGAGGAAAGAAGAAGACUGCCCUAGGAUCAACAAGUUGGUGGGCAACGCAAGUGCUGUUCACUUUUCAUGCUCUAGCCAAAGUGUGGAAACAGAAAGACCGAAUGUCUUUGUUAAUGGCCAACCUAUAUCAGAUCGCGCGGUUAAAAAGGCUGAAAAUCUGGCUGGGCCAAUUGAGCCUGGAAACUACUGGUAUGAUUACCAAGGUGGAUUUUGGGGUGUGAUGGGCCAUCCUUGCCUUGGCAUUAUUACGCCAUUCAUUGAAGAAUUCAGGUACCCAAUGCCAGAGAAUUGUGCUGCUGGAAACACUGGUGUUUUUGUAAAUGGGCGAGAACUGAAUCAGAAAGAUCUAGAUUUACUUGCUGGAAGGGGAUUGCCAACCACAAGAGAUAGAUAUUACGUUAUCGAGAUCUGUGGUACAGUUUUGGAUGAGAACACCGGUGAAAAACUACGUAGCCUUGGAAAACUUGCCCCAACGGUUAGGAAAACAAAGCAAGGCUUUGGUAUGAAAACUCCAAGAGCGCGUGCACAAUGAUCAUGGUUGGAUCGAUUCAUUCUUGGGAAGAAAUUGUCACUAUUUGGGGUAUUGAUGUACAUACAUGUAGGCCCAUUAGUUUACACAUUUCUCGGCUUAUUUUGAAUCUUUAUCUAGACACAACUGUGUCCAACCGUGGAUUUUUGAAGGAUAGCUGAUUAUUCCUCGUUACUUUAGUAAUUUAUAAUUGUUCAAUGUACUAUUUGUUAAAUAUAUAGAAUAUUGCUCUCAUUUUAAAGAUA